CCCCAGGACUUUGUACUUUGAGAACAUCUUUAUCUCUCAGUCUAGGUACUUGGAUGGAACUUAUUUUAGGAACACUCAGACCUAUUUUCUCAUAACUUAUAACCCAGAUGGCCAUUGAAAUAAUUACUAGGAAUAUAAGCAUGAGCAAGGCCGUGUAGCCCCCCCCCCUUCCAUCCUCAAAUUCACAGCCCUGUCCCGUGUUAGGAGGUAAGAAUCAGACAGGAUGCUAGUUAGUUAGUUAGUUAGUGUGUCACCUUUGACCAGGGAUCCUUAACUGGGAUUUUUACAAUUAUAUUAACUUCUUUGAGGGAGCAGGUAAAAUUACUACACUGGCCUCCAGUUUGGCAUUCCUCCUGCCUCAUCCUCCCAAGUGCUACAGCCAGAAGUGUGAAGCCCCACUCCUCCACGCUUGUUUGUUCAUACCGUUGUUUUGCUUUGAGGUAGUCCUACAUAAUACUAAAUUGGCAAGGAGCCCCUUGUGUGCACCUCUCCGACCCCCAAAAUUUGCAAUAGCCCACCCGCCUCUAUCCUAGGAUUAUAGACAUGCAUCACCAUGCCUGGCUUUUCUGUGCCACAAUUACCAGCCGAAAGUGACUAUGGCCACUGGUACAGGUUUUAGGAUUUCCUGGGGGAAAGCAAAUAUAACCUUGCUUGUGGAAUCCUCGCCUCCAGCCUCUUUCCCUCCGCCCAGGAGCAGGAGUGCAGCACCGCAGCACCGCCGCUAGGGGACGCAAACGCAUCACUUGACUGCCAGUCUAGCGACGGGGCGGGGCCAGCUGCGACUUCCGGCUUCCGGCCGAGAGGGUGGGCGUCCGCAGCCGUCAUGGCAGCUGAGGAGAAGGACCCGCUGAGCUAUUUCGCGGCUUACGGGAGCAGCAGCUCCGACUCGUCGGGCGAGGAGAACAGCGAGCCGGAAGACGGGGGUCGCAAGGAGGCGGCCCCGGCCCCGACGACGGGCGGCCGCGGGAAGCAGGCGGAGAAGCGGCUGCCGGGCCCCGACGAGCUGUUCCGCAGCGUGACCCGCCCGGCCUUCCUCUACAACCCGCUCAACAAGCAGAUCGACUGGGAGCGGCACGUGGUGAAGGCGCCCGAGGAGCCUCCAAAGGAAUUCAAAGUCUGGAAGUCCACCUAUGUGCCGCCCCCGGAGACCUACAGUACUGAGAAGAAGCCACCGCCGCCGGAGCUCGACAUGGCGAUAAAGUGGUCGAACAUCUAUGAGGACAAUGGUGAUGAUGCCCCCCAGAAUGCUAAGAAAGCCCGGCUUCUGCCCGAAGGGGAGGAGACGGUGGAAUCAGAUGAUGACAGAGAUGAGCGUGCAUCUAAGACGCGAAGAGUAGAGCCAGGAGAAGCAGCCAAGAAGAAGAAGUAAAGGAGUGGGGCCAGAUCCGCCGGGGCUGACGUGUCCUCGGGGGAGUGUUGGCUGUGUGCAUCUUACGAGAAAGUAUUUAUGUUAAUGAACUAACAGUAUCGCCUCAAGACUUUCCACUGUAGAAUCCAUUUUCUUAUUUAAGCCUGUAUGUAUUUACACUCUAAUGGUGACCUGUGAUUGUGAACUGACAGUACUCGGAAGCAUUCUGGCUAUCACAGAAUUGGUGGCAGGCUUUGAGAGUUUUGUCACAUGGACAUGCCCGUGCUCUUUGAACCUUUUAUAAAGGAAUAUAUUUUUAAAGUAAAUAUAUUUAAUGUACUGUGAACUUGUGGGUGCUUUUCAUUAGUGUCUGUACAGUGUAAAUAGCUGAUCAUGGAAAUAAAAUAACUUACGUCAACAUUGCUAUUAUUGGAUGCUACUGACGAGUAUUUGUGACAGGCAGCCCAUUGGCCUGUGACCUUUUCAUUUCCGUAGGGAUUAGCAUGUAGGGAGAGCGUCCCGUGUUUAGGUGCCUUGUACGUACUUCUCUCCAGUGGGCCUGUGAAGUAGACGCUAUACCCUCCAGUUUUAAUGAAGAGAGCUUGAGGACUAGCGGAUUCACUUGGGACCCUGACUCCAGAAUCAGAUUAAACUACCUGACUUUUCAUCAGACUUAUCAAUUCCAAGAAAAUGACCAUCUCCUCCAUGUCCACUUGUGUUGUUGGGAGGUCUUUUCCUGUCCUGAUUAUUCAGCUGCACUUACCAUAUCUGCCUUAGACUGUGAUUUGUUCAUUUCCUCAUUAUACUGAAGAUAAGGCUCUCGACAGCAAAGAAAAGCAUAAGGUAUCCACUUAAAGUUGAGUCUGUUGAGUAUAUGUGAUAGAAGAGACACAUUAAAAUCCAUCUGAAUUUUUAAUUUAA